AUGACAAAACGGGCAUCAUCACCUGAUGCGGACGACAUUCCGUUGAUUGUUUGCCUUCCUGGCGAGUGCAGGAGUAAUUGUGAGAGCGUGCUGUGCUUCAAUGAACUGGGGGAGAAGGAUUGGCUUAAAGAUAUGCAGUCCGUGGAUUCUCCGGAAUUCAGUGUUCGUAUACCAAGCGAAGCAGUUGGGCUGUGGAAUCUUGGAGCAACCUGUUACGUGAAUGCUGUGGCUCAAGUUUUGCUGCGGCUGCCAGUUUUCAAACGACUGUUGAAAUGGGACCCUUCGUUGCUUGAGAAUGAGGAGCUGCGAGCAUUUGAGGAAUCUAAUGAUGGGUCUGUCUAUCCGCGGAGUACAUUGGGAAAUGUAAUCAUCCUCAUGCGGCUGAUGAAGGAAACCACAAGAAUUGCGGUGGACCCGAGUUUUCUGACGCGGGUUUUGGGCUUGGACAACGAUGAGCUGCAGGAUGCUUCCACAUUCUCUAAAUUUUUCAUGAAUCGCUGUUUAACGGAUCUUCAAGGACAAAGGGAUCCACAGUUGAAGAACUUCUUCAAGAACUUCUCGGGCGAGAUCAGAAGUCGUGCUGAAUGCAUCAAGUGCGGGCUUAAGUCAGAGGAGGUGAUGAUCAAGCUCGUGCAUCCGUUUGUUCCAAUACCUGAUGGAAGUGUCAGGACAGGUUGUCGAACUGUGAUGUCUGCGUUCAAUGGUAUCCCAACGGAAUAUGCCCAGAUUACCUGCGGCCGGUGUAAAGAGGGGAUGAGCAUCGUUCGCUCUACCCUUGAAACGAUCCCACCGUAUCUGACUUUCAGAAUUGGCCGUGUUAAUGCAUCGGGUGCAAAGGUGGGUGACACGGUAAGCUUCCCAGAAAAGUUUUGCCUGAGUAAGCUGUACCCAAAUGGCCCAAAUGAAUAUCGUCUGGUUGGAGUGGUAUUUCAUCGUGGGAUUCUCCUUGACGAGUAUCACUUCUCAUCCUCUGUGUGGGAUCUUGAGACUCAGAAGUGGCAGAAUUUUGACGAUCAUCUGACAAAAACGGAUGAUUUCAUCCGUUUUGAGACGUGGAAAUCUGAAAGUAACCCAAUUGUGUACACCUCGGAAAGUGCAGCAAUGCUAUUUUAUCUGCGGGAGGAUUACCAGAAGUUGGACUGUCACCCUGUGGAGUUCCCUGCAUGGACUGAUGCGUUCGUGCAGUCUGAUGAGAAGAAGUUCCAGAAGGCGUGUGUAGAAAAACAGCAAAUUGAUGCUGAAUUGGAGAAGUUGGACAAAAAGAAAGUAGAAAUAAUCAAGCAAUUUUACAAUGAUAUUCUGCCAAAUGCGAUGAAGGAAAAUCAUCAGGACUGGGUUUUAAUACCAAAGUAUUCCAUUGUACAGUACUUGGAAGUGAACAGGUCUUCCUUCUUGACAAAGUUCAAUGUGAUGGAUGUUGAGUGUGAGCAUGGGAAACUGCAUCCAACAAAAAUCUCGGUCUUCCUGAAACUGGUCUCACCGGCUUUUGGUGCUGACGUGGCCGAGUUUGGACAUUCCUGGUCCCUCAACGAUGUCUGCGAAGUCUGCAGAAGGACUCCAAAAAUGCUGAUCAAACUUCACGAACAAAUGUAUUAUGACGACGCGCGUCUCAAACGUGAAGCGAGUGCGCAGAAGGAAAAUCGCUCAGCGCCCGCGUUUUGGAUUUACAAACGAGACUACUCGUCCUGGAAGAAACUGGCUAGAGUCGAAGCUUUGGAAGGAUUGCGAAAUCAGUAUCAAGUCCAGAAGAUCAUCAAGCAUGAAAAAAAUUACUACAACUCGGACGCAUGUUGCUCUCACAACAAUCGCGUUAUGGACGAGAAUUUGCUUAUCAGUGUCACUGCUCGGGCGUGGGAGAUCCUAUGCAAAUACUUCGAAACGUAUGUGGAGAUGCCGGUGGUGACGGAAGCCUGUUUCGAAUGUGUUCGACUACAAGAGAUCGUUGUUGGGAAGACGGAGGAGAGGAAGGAACUGGCAAAAGUUCUGGGUCAAUCUCAAACCUGGGCGAUCAAUCCCAUGAAGCGUUUUAUUCCGCGGGUUGCCUCGAAAGGCGACCAGGUGUUUUUCGUGCCGAUUGAAUUUGCGGUCAAACUGAUUAACUUCAUCAAAAACCCGGUUUCUGCAGAAUUCCCGUCUACACUUGACAUGUCUGCCGUCCUUUGUGAGCAUGGGAAGGUCUUGAGAGACCCGCGGUGCUACAAAGACUUCAUUCCUGUGAAGGUUUCCGCCAUCAAACAAUUGAAAAAAGUAUCAUUUCUCAAGUUGGUCUCCGCUACUGCAACCAAGGAUCACCCGGAAGAAAUGCUUGAUUUCCAACUGGACCCAGAAUUGUGUAAACCGUGUAUGGAAUCUGAAAUGCAAGCGGAAAAAGCUAAGCAAUAUGUGUACAAGAAGCAGUCCUUCUUCUGCGAGAUGGUAUCCGUGAGGAAAGACGUUUUCGCAUCAAUCCUGUCCUGCGUUGAGGAGAACGACAUGGUCAAUUUGACUAAGUUGACACGAAAAGAACCAAGAAUGAUGAAUAUGAAGGAAACGCUUGGGCUGAUCUCGGAAAGGAAAGGAGAACGCGGCGGGAAGUGCAUGAUCUUCUCAUCUGAUAUGAAGCUAGCGGAUGUCAAAUCCUUGAUGGCGGAGUGUUUCAAAGUGCAUGCCGCUUCUGUGGGAGUUGCUGUGGAUGGUCGUCUGCUUACGUCCAUGGAUUCAUCCUUGGAAGCAUUGAAAGUGAAGCCCAUGUCGCACUUGAAAGUUAUCCAUGUUCUGAAGGAGACGGAAAGAGGGGGAUUCACUUCGAAGGCUUCAAUCGUCUAAGACGGAAAGAUGUACGCGGUCAUCACGGAGUAUUCAGUUGUAUGUUGCCAUUGAUUUCGUUGAACGUCGGAUGUUGUGUUCGUCUAACGGUAUUGAUUCUGAACUCGAAAUGAUGUGUUCAGGCGCGAAGGGAACUUAUUUUUUUCGAAAGUUUGUCUAAAUUGCGACGGAAUGAUCCGCUCAAUGUUGAUUCGGAGAGUCUACACGGUCAUGUCGAAGAUCUUCAGUUAUGUGCUACCAUUGAUUCCGUUAGAUGUGAUGACUGACGUCAGCCGCUGUGUGUUUGUCUCACGACAUCAUUGAACCUGGUCUAGAAAUGAUGGGCUGGGGAAGGGAAAAACUUUGUUUUUUGAAAGUUCGUUACGGGUUGAAGAAUAUUUGUUUUUCCAAUUGCGACGAAGAGAAUUUCGAAAUGAUGAUGAUUUGAAUAAUCGGGCUUCGUGCAUAUCUGCGAUUUUGGACCACGAGGCCCUAGUCUACGUGAUGCUCGCGUUGAUCGCAAUGCGAGUCUGAUAUCGGCAAUUNUAUUAAA